GCUAACAUUACCUCAAAAUAACUUAGCGUAACUUAGUUGUGGAAAACCCUUAGUGCUGAUCCGAAAUCUGGUCAGGGUAAGCCCAUUGGGAAAGCUUGUUGAGAAAUUUACGGCGUGCCGUGAAUCAUUAGUGCUAAAAUGGCGGCGGUAGCUGUGCUUAGAUCUGCAAGAAACCCUUCGAUUUUGUGUUUUCGUGGCUACUUAGGAGCUCACAAGAUUUCUGCGAAGAUUCUACUGCCCACCUCUCAGCUCCAGCAGGGAAAAAAGCAUGAUUUAAUAAAUUCUAAAAGGGCUUCCUUUCACACCACUGUUUUGUGCAAAAAAGAAAAAUUCGAGAUUCCACAAAACCGAAAGGAUGGAGCAUAUCACUGGGCAGUCGAAAGAGUUGUAGCAGUUGGACUGCUAGCAUUUAUACCAGCUGGUGCAUUCUACCCAUCUCCUAUUGUGGACUACUCACUCGCUGUGUUACUACCCAUGCACGCUUACUGGGGUAUUAACGCGAUUGUCGCUGAUUACAUGUGGCGUCCUGCUGUUCCUGCUGUAAACGCUCUUUCGUUGUUGACGUCAGUAUUAGCUGGUGCCGGGUUGAUGUACUUAAAUAUAUACGAUGUUGGUAUAUGCAAAUUCACUUCUAUGCUCAUGCAUCUUUGAUUAAUCGAAUGUUUACAAAAAGGCGCUGUACAUUAUUAAUAUGAAUAAAGCGAGACAACGGAUGGAUUAUUUUUAACAGUAACUGGCAGUUUAAAACUGGCCUUGAAGAGUCUUCUUGUUUUUGUUUUUUAGUUUUCCCAGGUAUAAAACAUUAUUUUUCAUUUUCAACUCUUUUUUUGAAAAAUGUUUUUUUCUUACAUCUUUAAUGUUCAUGUGCUAAGAAUGUGCACGUCUGUCUGUAACGCUUUGUCGAGAUAGAAAAUAUCUUUGUAAAUAUGUAAUUGGGAAAAUAUGGCUUAUGACAUAA